UAACAGGCAUUGACUUCUCGCUGCCACAAUCAACUGAAUUCCCAAACCAAACGGCAAACCAGGAAAACCAACUAAACCCAAUCAAUAUGCCUUCACCUCCCUCAUCCUUCGCAACCAUUUCUCGUAACCGCACUGUCUUCUCUAGAAAAUGGACCAACAAGGAAUACGCAAUCGCAUUCACAAGCUUCUCCUUCACACUCAUCCUCUUCUCCCUCACUCGCCGCCCCAACCUCCAAGAACCUUCUAGAAUCUCUUCUUCCAAUCACCUUGUUCCCUUGACCCUCCUCUCGAAUGCCACCCAAAGAGGCGCACUUUGCUUGGAUGGGAGUGCCCCUGGGUACCACUUUCAGAAGGGAUUCGGGUCCGGAUAUCAAAAUUGGCUACUUCACAUUGAGGGAGGUGGGUGGUGUGAGUCGGUAGCUUCGUGUUAUCAGCGAAAAAUGACUGCGUUGGGUUCGUCCAAGCACAUGGAAACAGAGGUUCCUUUCUCUGGAAUAUUAAGCUCUGACCCUUCUCAAAAUCCUUAUUUCUUUAACUGGAACAAGGUGAGGAUACGCUAUUGUGAUGGUGCAUCUUUUGCUGGCCACCAAGAAAGUGAGAUUAAGGAUGGAAAUGGCUUGUUCUUCAGAGGCCAGAUCAUUUGGGAAGCUAUUAUGGAUGAACUCUUAUCAAUUGGCAUGUCUAAAGCAAAACAGGCACUGCUUUCAGGAUGCUCUGCUGGAGGGUUGGCAACUCUAAUACAUUGUGAUGACUUCCGAAAAUAUUUUUCGAAAGACAUAAAUGUUAAAUGUCUUGCUGAUGCUGGGUUUUUCCUAGACGAGGAGGAUGCUAUUCGAAAUAGGACAAUGAGAUCUUUCUAUCAUGACGUUGUUCAGCUUCAGGGUGUUGCAAAAAGUUUACACAAAGAUUGCAUUGCUAGAAUUGAACCAUUUAAGUGUCUUUUUCCAUUAGAAAUUGUUAAGAACAUAAAGACUCCAGUGUUUUUUGUCCACCCUGCUUAUGAUUUUUGGCAGAUACAAAAUAUUUUGGUACCUCAUGGUUCAGACCCCCAUGGUUACUGGAAAAGCUGCAGAUUGAACAUUCCCAAUUGCAAUGCUGAUCAGUUUGAUGUACUUCAUGGUUUCCGUAAAUCAUUGCUGAAGAGACUCAACGAGUUCCAGCAACGAAAGGAGAUUGGAAUGUUCAUAAAUUCCUGCUUUAUUCAUUGCCAGACAGCGAUGGGAGAGACAUGGCACUCCCACAAUUCCCCUAAAAUAAAUGAUAAGACAAUUGCUGAAACUGUCGCUGAUUGGUACUUUGACCGCAAAGUUCUCAAGCUAAUUGACUGCCCUUAUCCGUGCAAUCCCACUUGCCGCAAUAUGGAUUUCACCAGAAAAUAACUAUUUAACUUUUCCUUUUAUCUUAAUGUUUUCGUUUUUGGGAUUUUUUUAAAUAAAUAAAAUAAAUAUUUUAAUUAUUGUAAUAGGUAAUUUGGACAGGUUUUCUCGAUUUUCGUAACAUGGUUUAUCUCAUUUACAGUGUAAAGAAGAUAAGUAUAGCCGUAUCUCAUUUACACUAUAAACGACAUAAGGCACAAACUCAGGCACACGUGAGACACGUAUCACGUGUGCACACAUGUUAUGACACAGACCUUAUAGUAAACGAGAUACGACUAUACUUAUCUCGUUUACACUGUAAAUGAGAUAAGGUUGGGGCGUGCCUAUAAAAACAACUUGUUCAUAGCACCACCUGGCCCACAUCCCCAUUAACCUUCAUUUCUCCCUUUUUUCGAACGUUAUGGUGUGUGUCGACGCACAGGAUCUCGACAUCAACUGCCUGAAUGAUAGUUGGCACAUUGCAAAGCCACAACUCGGCAA